AUGUCUACUUCAAACACCUCCAAGAGACCCCGGCUGUCUCUCCAGACUUCAACGGCAGCAACUGGUCGGACCAGAUCAAAGAGCACACUGGGCCUCCAUACCGAUAUCAAGUCGCCGACUGCCUUUAACACGCUUUCAAAUGUAUACGUUACCGCGAUUGAGAGGUCGACGCCGGUCCAAUCGACACCAGUCACCGCUAUAAAUCUUCUUCAAACGUUGAGGAUACAAACAAAUCCAGAGGUUCUCAAGGAUCUGCAAAGGACACAAACUCCAUACACGGCCACGUAUCCCGACACUCCAUUAUCUGCCAACCCAAAAUCGCCCAUGCAAAUAGAGAUUCAAUUCCCCAGUACCAUGACCGCGACGCCACCAUUAUCAGCAGGACCCGUGGAGAGUACAGCGCCAAGAGUGUUUUCAUUCGGCCCCACGGAUAUCGCCGGACAGGCCGGUCCUACCUCUCCGGCGCAAAGCCGUAGGAAGAUGCUGAAUGUUCCAGCGGCCAAGUUGCCAUAUACGCAUCCUCGCUCCCUUCACAGCAUACUGAGGAACUCUCCACUGCCACACGCAGGCGACAAGUCACCGAUUUCGCCGAGGCGGCAGUCUCUGCGACUCCAGGAGAAGGCGGCGCGGCGGGUGGGAUACGAAAGCCCCCUAACCCAGACGAUCAUCACGGAAAAGUAUACCAAAUCGCAUGUCGAUUUGCUCAGCGAAGACGCGUCGCCGUAUUCAGCAACACCCACGGCGGAGGACUCUGAAAUGGUCCUCGACCACACCAUGGCGUAUACUGGCGACGAGACCCGUGAUGGCGGCCAGACACCGGGACCAUUCGAGGAAAUGAGGCGACGCAUGGCUGGCUUGGGGUCAGAUAAUGCCGCCGGGUCACCACGCCCCGGGGGCAUUCGCAAGAAGAGAAAGGAGAAGAAGCGCAGAUGGGUGUGGACGAUUGGCCAGGAUGCGGAAGAGGAGGACAGCGAAGCCAGUGUUUCACUGCGGGCAGCCGCCGCGGCCGAGGCGUCCACGCCACGAGUCGUUGUGCCCAUGCUAUCCAUGGUGCAAAGCAGCGUCGAGGCUGCCGAGCCGCGGGCACACGACGCCAAUGUGGAUGUGGAGAUGUCAGACGCCAGCAGUGUCUUGUCCUCCAGCAGAGCAACCACGCCCUUGAAUGGCGAUUUAGAUGCAAGGACGCCUACUCUCGCUGCACUCAACACGCAUCUGGUGAAAGCAUCGCACCUUGGCUCUGCGGUUCUAUUUAACUCAGAAACUGGAAGCAGGAGGGAUACUCCCGUCCCGCCUGAUCUGGUAGCCAGCAACUGA